AUGAUAUAUUCCCAAUGGGACGGGCAUAAAAUCACCCAAGUUGCCAUAAAUUCGAUAAAUUCGGGCCCCGCUACCCCGCCAUCAAAGUGCGGGGUGCGGGGUCCAGGCCUCCUCCGUCGCCUCUCUCACCCCCUCAUCCUCUCCUCUCACGACCCCUCCAUCCUCCUCAACUGCGCCGGCAUCCAGCGCCGCCACCCCUCCGCCUCCUUCCCCGACUCCGACUGGGACUUAGUCCUCCAAACCAACCUCUCCACCGUCUUCACCCUCUGCCGCGAUAUCGGGGCACAUAUGCUUACCCGCCCUGGUCCGCAUAGGGGGAAUAUCAUUAACAUCGCCUCACUACUCAGUUUUCAAGGCGGGUUGACGGUGCCGGCGUACGCGGCGGCGAAGGGGGGGGUGGCGCAGUUGACGAAGGCGCUGAGCAAUGAGUGGGCGGGCAAGGGGGUCAAUGUCAAUGCGGUGGCGCCGGGGUAUAUCGCGACGGAGAUGAAUGAUGCGUUGAUUGCGGAUGCGGAUCGGGCGGCGAGUAUUUUGGCGAGGAUACCGGCGGGGAGGUGGGGGAGGCCGGAGGAUUUUGGGGGGGUGGUGGUUUGGCUUGCGGGCGGGGGGAGUGCGUAUGUUACGGGGGAGAUUGUUACUGUUGAUGGGGGGUGGAUGGGGAGGUGA